AACGGAACAGACUGCAGAGAUGUCGAGCAAUGCAUUGAAAACUUGACGAGGGCUAUCGUUGAAAAUGAUGCCAGGCAUCAACAUAUUCAGAAGUGCGAACCUCACUUCGCAAAUUGCUUCAUUCUUCGUUGCAAAUUUAACUAAUGGCUCUCUAGCUGUCGACAUCGUCGUAACAUUUAACGAUGUAACUGGAAUUACCUACGAAGAUCUUCAAAGAGAAUUAGCCGCAACAUUGAUCGUAACAAACAGCGGCACAUUUCUUCCUGGCACCAACCUACAAGUCCUCAGCGCUAACACUGAUCCCACUAGCAUUGAAUUGGCUGGUCUUUUUAAAUUUGAAGAUAUCGAUGAGUGCAAACCUGCACAAAUUAUUCAAGCCCCUGAUUGCGGUGAAAAUGCAACAUGCGUCAACAGAAAUCUUACUUACGAUUGUAUCUGUAAUGAAGGCUUCGUCAAGAAUGGCAGUGAUUGUAUUGUUGCUCCAAUCUUUGGAGUCGACAAAAGUGUAGUUGAGGACGUAAAACAUGUCCUAAGAGUGGUGUUGGGAUGGCUUGGGCUAUGUUUUGCGGUGGCGUUGGUAAUUGUAAUAAUUACUGGUUUUAGGCUCUUGGAAAAAAAUAAGCAAUAUGAUUUGAAACCACGAGUGAUCACUGCUCCAGCACACCGUCCCACGUUUAAUAAUCUUUAUUAUGGUAAUGAAAACUAUCCUUUGUGAUGUAAAAGAGGAACAGACAAUUUUUCUACACGUACCGUACAUCCUUUGUAGCUCUAGGUAUCAAGGCCUAGACUAGAUUCAAUAGCUAUGUGUUACAUAUUUAUAUUCUCACUUUGCCGGAUUUCUUUUGGACGUCGUAUAUUAUCGAGGUAGUUUCGACCCUACUUGGAAUCUGCACAUUUUUACAAUAAUUCUUAUCAAUGAAGCCAUGAUGCAAAGGUUAUUACAUGUAGUCGUGCAAAAUUAUUUCAACCAAUAGACCCUAGUUCUGCACAUUACUUCACAUUAGGCAUCUGGACGGCAAAUUAACGUGGCAUAAAUUUUACAAAAACGUAAAUUUUGAGCAAAAUACAGAAAUAUUAUUUUACUAGUGUGGGAAAGUUUGUUUUGUUAACUGGUCUUGUCGCUAUGUAAACCUACAUGCACCGCUCACGUAACUAUUAUUUCUAUUGAAGCAAGGAAACAUCUGGAGAACAACUUUUAACGAUUAUAACGUCCGUGGAAUAGGUCUAUAGUAAAUAUUUGUCUGUAAGAUUGAAAUGUCCAGCAAACUAUUAUUUUAUCAAAAUAUCUCAAAAGUUUAUAUAAGUAUUUUGGCAUCAUUUCGCUUGUCUAACAGUAAAAAAAGUCUAAAAAUGAUCCUCGCACAGCGGGAGAGCGGUUGUAAAAGCCUCAUUUUGUAACCGCUUGCGGGCUUUAUACACAUGCGCUUGUAUAAUCUAUAGCAUACACCUUUGAUAUUAGACAUUGCAGAUUGAUUUGAAAAAUCUGAUGCCAAUCCAUGUUCAAAUUUGCCGAGGACUUAUAAGCAGUGUACUACAUGGACUGGCAAUUUUUAUUACCAGAUUCGAUCAGAUGCACACCUGAUUUUAAUUACCAUUAAGCGGCCAAAAUGAUUAAACAAGUCAUAUUUUGAACUGAAGUCGGUGAAACUGCAUUUCUCUUGCUAGGCAUGCAGAUGUAAAUAACGAUAAACGCGAAUUGCAGAUUUGUUAAAACACUCCAAGCUGAAUUGCAACAGCAUCGGUCUGGCCGUUUUUACCGUAUAAAGGAAAGUGCCCUAAGUGAUUAACUAGAUUUGAGCAUGCAGUUUUGGUUAAAGCAUUUGCAUAUAUGGUUGUUCACAUGUGCCAAAUAUUUAACGAAGCGGGAGAUGAUUUUGAGAUAUUUAAAGGACACCAGCAUUCAAGCAUUUAGCUGUCAAUGGUAACUUAUAUAUGGCUAUGGAAUAAAUUGGCGAGGAAUGGAAGAAUGCGGCUGAAGCCCGUGAUCAAUAGAAAAUAUAUAAUUCCAUUACAAGUAGUUCCCAUUGCCAUCGCGAAAUUUCAUCAGGAAACUUGAAUAAACCGGAAUUACAAAAACAGCGUGACAUGCACGUUUGCAUUAGCAGUAUCUAUGUA